GAUAGAGUGUCCAGGAGUCCCCGGUCCUUAGGAGACAAAGAGUGCCCUUUGCUAUAGAGCUGCACUGUUCAACAUGAGAGCUGCUUGCCGCCAGCAGCUAAUGAGCACUUGAAAUGAAGCCAGUGCGAAUGGCGAACCACAUUUUUUAUUUAAUUUUAAUAAAUAUGAAUUUAAAAUGUAAAACUUAAGCAGUAAAUAAUAUUUUUUUCCAUUAAUCACAACCUUGUUGUUUGGUAGAACUGCAUUUCACUCUAUCUGCUGCAUUACAGAAGAUGUCCUGUACUGUAUUUCUCCCGACUUAUUUCUACUAUCUCAAUAAUUUUAUAUGAUUACAUGAAAUUAUAAUAUUUUAAUAUAUGGCUUACAUGAAAUAUAUUAUUAAAAUUAAUUUCACCUGUUGCUUUUUCCUUUUUUAAGGUGACUACUAGAAAAUUUUAAAUUACAUACGUGGCUUACAGAAUAUUUCUGUUCAACAGUGCUGCUAUGAAGACAUCUUAAGAUCUAGAGAGGUAAGGGGCUUGGGGUGAUAUCCAGAGAAACGAACUGCUUGGUUUUGUUUGAAAUAGACCUUCACAUUUCCUUCUAGGUUGUCCAGCUCUGUUUACAAGGAGGGAAAAUACGACAGAGAGAGGAGAGGAGCAUACCUCAGUGAGUAGAGCUCAGCAGAGUUCUGGACUCCAGCUCCACCACUUACCACUUACCAAGUGUUAUAGAACCUCCCUGAACUUCAAUCUCCUCAUUUGUAAAAUGCUGAAAGUAAUCUUACCCACCUCAAAGGGCUGGCUGGAGGAUUAAACCUAAUACUCUAGGUAAAGAGCUUAGCAUGGAGCCUGGCACAUCAUAUAUGCCCAAUAGAUAUUUGGGAUGUUUAUUACUUGGGAAUAAAGAAGGUGCAAAUGAAUGAUUUCCUUUGUGUUAUUUAGGUCAGUUUGCCACAGUACAAGAGGGUGCACCCUGUCCACAUGCCUCCUCAUUUAUCUUUCUAGACUGAAAAGUUGGAUGGAAGUAUUUUCCUCAAUCUUCUAUACCAUUGAUAAAUACAUUUGUUUUCUUUAAAUCCAUUAGGUCUUUAAGACACAUUAAUGAGCAGUGAAAAAAUUAUCUUAGAUGCUGAAGCAACAUAAAAAUGGGUAAAACUGGCAUUUAAUGAAUUAUUUGUGCCAACAGCUAACACUAGAAAUUUUUGUUCCAAGUCAUAAAGUUAGUGAAUGUUUUCAGUUAAGACUUCAUAAUAUCUGAAUCUCUUUCUUGAAUCAAGCAUUGGAAUGUACAUCUACAUGUACAGAUCGAUUCAUUUUAUCUAAAUUAAUUUUUUUUUGGUUUUUUUUUUUUUUGAGAUGGAAUCUCACUCUGUCACCCAAGCUGGAGUGCAGUGGCACAAUCUCGGCUCACUGCAACCUCUGCCUCCCAGGUUCCAGCAAUUCUCCUGCCUCAGCCUCCCGAGUAGCUGGGAUUACAGGCACGCACCACCACACCUGGCUAAUUUUUGUAUUUUUAGUAGAGACAGGGUUUCACCAUGUUGGCCAGGCUGGUCUCAAACUCCUCAACCUCAAGUGAUCCGCCCACCUUGGCCUCUCAAAGUGCUGGGAUUACAGGAGAGCCACGGCGCCCGGCCCUAAAUGCAUUCUUUAUUUCUCUGCCAUUUUGCACAGACUUGAGAUCAACUGUUCAGCUUUUUCAUGUCCCAAAGGGUUCAUGUAGACUGUAUACUCCCUCUUGUGUGUAAUUUAUUUUAAAAAUAAUAACUAGACUAGUUCAACCACAUCUAUAUUCUGAUAAACAUUCUGAGAAAUGUCCAACUGUGCCUAACCUUUUUUCGUUUAGCCCUCUCCUGAGUCCUGAUUUUCAAAAAUAUUUUUCCCAACUUCUUGCUGACUGAAUUUACUCACCAGACUUUGCGUGGGGUCUUUUCAAAAUCACUUGGAAAAUCAGUUUAUCCCUGGCUUCCCUGCUUAUUUAUUUAAUUCUCUUUAAGAACUCUAGAGAGCCUUUUUCCUCUCUUCAGCGCCAGGCGCCCACAACUUGCGCGCUCUCUUUCUGCUGCUCCCCAGCUCUCGGAUACAGCCGACACCAUGGGUUUCAGAGACCUGAAAAGCCCCGCCGGCCUCCAGGUGCUCAACGAUUACCUGGCGGACAAGAGCUACAUCCAGGGGUAUGUGCCAUCACAAGCAGAUGUGGCAGUAUUUGAAGCCGUGUCCGGCCCACCGCCUGCCGACUUGUGUCAUGCCCUACGUUGGUAUAAUCACAUCAAGUCUUACGAAAAGGAAAAGGCCAGCCUGCCAGGAGUGAAGAAAGCUUUGGGCAAGUAUGGUCCUGCCGAUGUGGAAGACACUACAGGAAGUGGAGCUACAGAUAGUAAAGAUGAUGAUGACAUUGAUCUCUUUGGAUCUGAUGAUGAGGAGGAAAGUGAAGAAGCAAAGAGGCUAAGGGAAGAACGUCUUGCACAAUAUGAAUCAAAGAAAGCCAAAAAACCUGCACUUGUUGCCAAGUCUUCCAUCUCACUAGAUGUGAAACCUUGGGAUGAUGAGACAGAUAUGGUGAAAUUAGAGGAGUGCGUCAGAAGCAUUCAAGCAGAUGGCUUAGUCUGGGGUUCAUCUAAACUAGUUCCAGUGGGAUAUGGAAUUAAAAAACUUCAAAUACAGUGUGUAGUUGAAGAUGAUAAAGUUGGGACAGAUAUGCUGGAGGAGCAGAUCACUGCUUUUGAGGACUAUGUGCAGUCCAUGGAUGUGGCUGCUUUCAACAAGAUCUAAAAUCCAUCCUGGAUCAUUGGCAUUUAAAUAAAAGCUUGAAAGAUUAAAAAAAAAAAAAAAAAAAAAAAGAA